UUAUUUUUUCUGAGUGAUACUAAAACCCUAAUCUCUUUCUCAUAUAUUUUUUCCAUUGAAAGCAUACAUUUUCUCAGUUGCCGCAGUCGAGUCCUCUGCCGCUCCAAAUCUUCAAGUUUCAUACUAGGAAGCUUCAGCGAGGAUGGGUCGUGUACGCACCAAGACCGUGAAGAAGUCUUCCAGACAGGUAAUUGAGAGGUACUACUCCAAGAUGACCUUGGAUUUCCACACCAACAAGAAGAUAUUGGAGGAAGUUGCCAUUAUUCCUUCAAAGCGUCUGCGCAACAAGAUUGCCGGGUUCUCCACCCACCUUAUGAAGCGUAUUCAGAAGGGACCUGUUAGAGGCAUCUCCCUGAAAUUGCAAGAGGAGGAACGUGAGAGACGUAUGGACUUUGUUCCUGAUGAGUCUGCCAUUAAGACCGAUCUGAUUGAGGUCGACAAGGAGACCCUUGACAUGCUUUCAUCCCUUGGCAUGUCUGACCUUCCCGGUGUUGUCAAGCAGGCUGCAGAACCACAAGCAGUAGCAGCUCUCCCAACCUUUGGUCGUGGUGCUGGUGGUUUUGGCAGGAAAUACUAAGACUACAAUAUAAGAUGUGAACAAAUUUAAAUCGAGUUUUUGGUAGACUACAUGUUUUAGAUAUAUCUCCCUAAUUUUGUUGAAGGAUUGUUAUGCCAAAGUUCAUG